AUCUGGAUGCGGUGUGCGCUUGUGAUUGGACAAGAAAGAAGACAUGAUGUGGAUGUUUGCAGUUCCUGAUGAGCUGCUUGUUCCAGCGAUUACCUUCAGAAACCUAAUCAUGUAUUGUAUCAUCACACCGCCUGCUGCUGCUUCUCCACCAUGGCCACCACCAUCAACCGUGGCUCGCAGUGCAAGUGCUGCUGCGUUGACAUGAUGAUGAGAUUUCGAGGAAAUGGUCCAUCAAAAAGACAACCAUCGAGUGCCAAAGUUCCUUCUUGUCUCCCACAAUUGUGCGGUACCGAAUGCUCGGUUUAGUUCUUUGUUUUGUAUUUUUUUCGAAUCUUAAGGAAACUGUUGAUCUCGAAUCCAACGGUCGCGAAAGCCGCGAUGCUUGAAGCUUAUUAAGCGGAUUUGAGCGGCCAACAGCGACGCAGCAUUCGAAAUUGGGCGAGCGGCGGGAGAGGCGCGAGAGAUGGCGGAACAGCGGCGGGGGAACCAGCAGCAGCGCCACCGCCACCACCAUCCGGCGGUGGACGACGUGAUGAAGGUCUUGAGCAGGGCGAGCCGUGACCUCCUCCUCGUCCAGCGCCAGCUAGAUCAGGAAUUCCAGCGUUCCUACCCCGACGACGUCAAUCCCUGCAAGAUUGUUGCUCGCAUCAAGAAGAUCCAGGAGGACUUGGUCUCGCUCAAGGAACUCUGCCGCGAGCUGCUCGCUGAGAAACAGGAUUUAAUUGACAAAACAAGAUCAGUUUUGGUUGGGCAAAGGCAUUCAUUGCAGAUGUUAUUGGCUUCUUCUGGUCUACCUUCAAUGAGCGAAUCUGAUGACAUGGCAUACGCAAAUUUGAACCAGGUUAUUGACGAAUGGACAGCUCAAGUGAGAGCAAAGACUGGGGACGAGAAAGACAUCGGUGAGGAUAUAAAUCAGAUGCUUUUCUCAGCAUUAGUUCAGAACAACUAAGGUUAGAGUGAAGAGCAACAAGGAGAUGAAAGCCCUUUGAGCUAAUUUGCAUAAGGUACGCAUUGAAUGAUGUAUACAUACACUGAUGAACUUUAGAAUGCCAUGUUGGCACCUGGUUGACUUGCUCUGUGUAGAUCUUAGUUGCCUCUUCCACGACAUUUGAACCUUUGUCAUGCGCUAGUUCCUAAUAUAAAUUCUUCCAAACCUAUUCUCCUACUCCUGUAGGCCACCCAUGUGUGAUUAUGUAUCUUUUCUAUCGAUAAUUGCAACAUCUUCAUGUUUGGAUGCAUUCA